CCUCCCGCCCCCCGCCAUUGGCUCCGGGGAGAGUUUGACAUCAAAGCUGCGGCCUUAUAUAAGCCAGACCCUGAAAGGGAGUCCGCAGAAGGGUUAAACGGGUCGUCCUGGCUACGAUUGAGUGCGCGGUGCCAUCUUCAGCCCUGCCCAGGACUCUCUGAAAGCCGGCGCCCAGCACCGCGCGGCCCGGGAGCCCACGGGUGGCCCCGGUCGUCUGUGGGGGCGCAUGGGGCGGCGCUAACUGGGCUGGCGGCGCAGGCCAGGAGCCUCUCCAACAUGAACCUCGUGGGCAGCUACGCACACCAUCACCACCAUCACCACCCACACCCCGCGCACCCCAUGCUCCACGAGCCCUUCCUCUUUGGCCCGGCCUCCCGCUGUCACCAGGAGCGGCCCUACUUCCAGAGCUGGCUGCUGAGCCCGGCGGACGCAGCCCCGGACUUCCCUGCAGGCGGGCCGCCACCCGCAGCCGCUGUGGCCGCAGCCGCCUACGGUCCCGAUGCCAGGCCUGGCCAGAGCCCCGGGCGGCUGGAGGCGCUUGGGGGCCGCCUGGGCCGGCGGAAAGGCUCGGGACCCAAGAAGGAGCGCAGACGCACGGAGAGCAUUAACAGCGCGUUCGCCGAGCUGCGCGAGUGCAUCCCCAACGUGCCGGCCGACACCAAGCUCUCCAAGAUCAAGACCCUGCGCCUGGCCACCAGCUACAUCGCCUAUCUGAUGGACGUGCUGGCCAAGGACGCACAGGCUGGCGACCCCGAGGCCUUCAAGGCGGAGCUCAAGAAGGCCGACGCGAGCCGAGAGAGCAAGCGGAAAAGGGAGCUGCCGCAGCACGAAGGCUUUCCGCCUGCCCUGGGCCCAAGCGAGAAGAGGAUUAAAGGGCGCACCGGCUGGCCGCAGCAAGUCUGGGCGCUGGAGCUAAACCAGUGAGCCCCAGACCUGCGUGAGGACCUGGCCCCGCUGGCCGACCGCGCCCGGGACAAGAGGAAGGCGGAAGGCGGUGGCGAAGGCCAGGCUCUGGGCUUCCGGGGCUCGUGCAGGAGUGUACGCACAGCCUCUGCCCAGCGCUGGCAGGUCGCCGGCCGCAACCACACACUUGGAUCGCACGUGCAAUGUCCUUUGAAAUUGUUUUAAAAUACAUUAAGAGAAAGAGAAAUUUAUAUAUAUAUGUAUAUGUAUAUCUCCAUUUCCUCUAACUGAGGGCGACUCAUGGACUACGGAACCCAAGCGCCCAAAGACCCUCCCAUCCAACCCUGCUGUGCCCAAUUCAGAACCCCCAAGCGCAGGCCUGACUCUGUCUUCCCCCUGCCCCACUUCGCGUCAAAAUCCCCCAGGCGUCUUCUUGAGUAGAAAUGCAGUAAGAGGAAUCAACAGUUUUCCGCCAGGAAAAUAGAACCAAAAGCAGCAAGGCCGGGGGCAGACUUUUGUUGCUCCCUUUAAAACCGCAGUGUUUUGAUUUUAUUUUUAUUGCUGCACUUCCUACCUAGUGCCUCUCUGUCUCUCUUCUGUCUCUCUUCCUCCCUCCUUUCUAAAUAAAAACCUUCCCCGCGCCGUAAAGUUUUUAUGUAUUUAAACUACCUACCAAGCCUGUUGCGCUCAGGUGUUGCCCGCCCGGCCCCACCCUCUUCUACCUCAGACCUGUAAGACCACUCACCGCCCUCCCUUUGCCAAAACAGCAUCUGCGCUCUUGACUAAUAAAACGUUUUCCGAUAUCGCUGGAA